AUGGCAUCUAAUGUCAAUAAUGGCUCUGGCCAAGUCGAAAGACGUGUGACUCGUAGUGGUCAAGUACCAAAUGUUCGAAGUCAAAGUGAGAAUCGAAGGAACCGCAAUAGUCAAGUGGCUGCGGUCGCAAAUGAGGGUGAAGAUGAUGAUGAAAACCCUCCACCAACCCCUGCACCACGAAGUCGUGCAUCUAGAAACGCUCCUAGGUCACAACGUGAUACUAGAGAUGCUUUUACUAGAAUGAUUGCACCAACCCUCCAGAUUGAUCGAUAUAAACUGGAAUUGGAAGAUCUCAACUUUGAAGAAGGCUUUGACGUUGGAGUCGAGGUUAAAGAUCGUGAAAGGGGUAUUGGAAAUGGAGAUAAGAUAUUGGAAGCAUCUCGAAGAGCCGUUACUUGGAUUGAAUCCCAAAUCAAGUCCUACGGUUCGAUAACGGAAAAACGUGCAGAGAAAAUGAAGAAGUACCAAAAACUUCUCUCUACUUUAUCGGUAAAAGUUCAAAUUUUGUUGGAGCGUUUGUUGGUUGAGAGACAAGGUCAUAUUAUCGAUUUGACACGUAAGAAUGAAGGAUUGUUAACACAAGUUGGAAUCCUUACUGGUAAAAUUACGGAUCUUACCCAAAAUUCAUCAACGACAAACAUUGAAUGUAAUGAAUUGAAGGAGUUUCUCCAAGAAAAUCUCAGCGCUUUGAAACUUGAGAACGAAGAGAAUAUUGAAAUGGAAGCAAUUUCGAAUCUCCGGAAACAACACGAACAAUCAUUGUAUCGAAAUGAAGAAAUUUCUAGACAGAAAGGUAGGAACCAGGAAUUAAAGAAUGCGGCAUUGGUAUCGGCACAAGCGAUUCAACAACUUAGAGAACAGGUAGGUCAACCCAGCUUCCAUCGUCCACUAAGGGUUAAUACCACGUUUUCCGGUCAAAGUCAUGCUAUCCAACAAUCACCAGAGCCACUUGGAUUUAUUGCACCUCAAUCACCUUAUGGUGAAUCUGCACGACUGCAACAACCACCAUCAUCACCAUCUACCACCUCCGGUUUCCAGUCUUUCCCCUCGUAUGGAUAUAUUGGACCACCUUUCCCAGCAUUUCCCUUUGAUGAAUCUCAUUCACCACAAUUCCCUGCACAUUCACCGGCAUUCGGACAACCGUCAUCUUCUGGAUACGGAUUGAAUUCAGGCUCACCACCCACUUAUCCAACUUCAAUGCAGCCACCUGCGCGUCAAUCUCCGUCGCAUACACCUGGACUCAAUAGUCCACCUGGAUUUGAACAAUCAAAUCCUCCCCCGAUGCAAGGACAAUUUGGCAAAUUUAAAUUACAGCCAUCUCCGGCUAAUGCGGCUUAUAAGUUUUUAAUCAGUGGAGGAGUCGAAGGAGGUGUAACGACCUUAAAUGUUCCACCUGAAUUGAAUCAAAAGAUGACUGAUCAAAUAACUAAAUGGUCAAAGUCUUCAAAGGCUUCGAGUUGGUUUCAGGUCACCCCGGUAAGUAGAACUCGUUGUGUGCAUGUUAGAUUGAGGAAUAUUGCAUACGCUGUAGCGCCUGCUACUUCAAAUAAUGGAGAUAAAUUUGCCUGUCUACAUUGUAUGAAUAGGGGUUUGCUGUGUGUUUUGGUUGGAAGAGAUGGUCCAGUAAUUGCACCCUUGAAUCUUCGGGAAAGAUUACCAGGUGCUACACCUCAAUCUCCGGGUAUUAUAUAA